AUGCAGCCUCGCUCGGCGUCGAGAGGCAGUCAGUAUAUUCGCGGCACUCGGCCAAAGGACCGCCAGCAGCAGCUGCAGCAACUCCCGCCACUGCAUACCCAGACAGACAAGACGCAGGUACAGACAGACAGUCAGGGUCAAGGCCAGUCGCAGGAAAAGAGUGCAGAGAACCUUGGAUACUACGAUAUCAACUCGCCGGAGCGCCAGCGGUUCUACUCCAACACCCACACCCAGGACCAGGUCCAGCAACAACAGCAGCAGCAGCAGCAGCAGCAGCAACAAUAUCAACAGCAGUACCAGCAGUAUCAAGCAUACUCCCCCUGCAGGCGUUUCAUCCCAGCCUCCAGCUGCGUCCAGCGAGCUGCCAGAGGACGACGAGCCGGUCUACUUGCCGUCCAUAGGCAACUUUCAGUCGCUGCACUCGCUGGUCAACAACCUGCCCCAGCCCUACUCCGUCGCUGUCGGCGGCCAUGGCUACGCUGGCCCACGGCGGCUGCACGAUCAACCAUCGCCCGGCCCAUGUCCACAGCCGUCAGGACGGAGCCGUACCACGCCUACUCUUCCUCUGCGGUGCCAUUGAGCAAGUCGACCUCGACCUCGACCUCUGCUUCCGAGCGACAGGCGUAUCAGGCUGUCUCUGCUGUCCGGCGCCAGUCUCCGGCCCCUGCUCGGCCUGGUCCCACGCCGUACCAUGCUUACUCCAGCUCAACCCCCAUGAUCCUGUCAGCUUCGACUCCUACUCCUGUUUCUACUUCUACGUCUACUCCGGCUUCUACUUCGGCUUCUGCUUCUACGUCUACAGCGGCCGUCGCUUCUACGACGAAUUCUUCAGCGUCUAGUUCGUCGAGCUUGACGUCAGUCCACCAGAUCCCCCAGCCGACUAGGAGGCCUCCCCCUGUCCCUGUACCCAGCACUACUGCACCUACUACUGCACCUGGACCCUCUGCCGGGUCCUCUGCUGGGCCCUCUGCCAGACCCUCGGCCGUACGGACGGAGUCGUAUCAUGCCUAUUCCACUGCAAGCAUUCCUGCUUCGGCCAGCUCUUCUAGCCUGGAUAAACAGGCUCCCGUUCAGCCUCCAGUACAAGCUCAAGCUCCACCUCCAGCUACUACCGUACCAGUGGCUAUGUCUACGCAGCGACCUGUGAUUAGUACCAUCGCUCGACCCAUGUCUGCUGCACCAGGCCCACCAAAGGCGUACCACGCCUACUCGGCUUCCACCCCUGUAGCUGCUAACCCUGCUGCAUCCGCCAGUACCUCCAGUCUCCCGCAAGCAGACGCCCAGCCUGUAGCUACAGCUACUACUUCAACUAUUUCAACUACUUCAACAGCUCGCCCGCGUCUCCCGUCUGCUAUAAGAAGCCACUCCUACUACGGAGCUCGCACUGCUUCUCCCGCUCGUACCGCUGCUAGUGCCAUAGCUGCAAACCCCAGGGCGUCAUCAAGCACAUCCAGUCUCGACCGCCAGGUUCAGCCAGCUGCUCAACGAUCCGCCUCAGUCGCUGCACACGUCCGUCCUGCCACUGCAACUGCAACUGCAACCGCUGUAGCCAGAAGAGCCACCAACGCUGCAAUGCCCAGGCCAGCCUCUGCUGUAGCUGUUAGAUCUCAAUCAUACCACACUCCCACCGGUCCAGCAGGCGCAGACAUGCUCCGUCGAAACACCGUGGUCUUUGACUCCGAUCUCACCAAGAACCAGCCCCAGCAUCAGCAGCCAAACCCGCCAUUGAUACCCCUGCAGCAGCCAGCGCCAGCUCCAGCUCCAGCAGCUGCUACCCCAGCAGAACAGGCAUCCAAACAGCGUGGGACCUCUAGACAUGCUACGUGGCUCUAUGGUCGUCCCGAUAACGUCCAGAUAGCCACCGUCGAGGAAGAAACAACACCAUACGGCCAGCGAUCAAUCUAUGGCCCCAGCCUCGUCCCCGCUCUAACCGUCGAUCUCAAUGGCCUAGAGCCACCUCUCGCUUGUUCACCGGAAGCUCAAUGA